CUCACAAUCUAAUACAGCUAGCUAGCUCACAUCUCAUCGUUUUAAUCAAACAUGUCGUCCAAGCUCACCAGCCUCAGUGUGGUUGCCCUCCUCCUCUUCCUUACAUUAUCCGGCACGAUGGCGCGGCCGUUGCUUUCUUCUUCUUCUUCUUCUUCUUCUUCUGAUGUCAGUGCCAUGAAAGUUCAACCUGAGUUGAAGGAUGUUGAGGUAGAAAAAGCCAUGGUGGAGGAAAGUUGUGAUGGAGUUGGAGAAGAUGAGUGCCUGAUGAGAAGAACUCUUGCGGCUCACAUUGAUUACAUCUAUACACAGAAGCACAAUCCAUAAAUUAAUUUUUCUUCAUAUGUAAUUAUGCAUCAUGUAUUCUUAAUUGAUUUAGUUUAUAUUUCUAUACUUAAUUUACCAAUUUAUUUUAGGAAUUUUUCUGUGUACUAGCCGGUGUAUAAAUGAUAUAUAGAGUUGUGGAGUAGUUCUUCUA